AUGGCCUCCAAGGUCACCACUAAGAGCUUCUACGACCUUGGCAAACGCGAGCUGAAGACCAGGACGGAAGUCUCCUUCGCGGACUCCGACCUCAAGGUGGGCAUCAACGCAUCCGACGAGGCUGGCCUGGUGGGGCUUGAUCUGGACAAGGGACCCUGGAAGCUGGGCUAUGACGUGAAGCGCAAGGACGUAGCGCUGCAGUACACCCGCAAGAACCAGGGCAGCACCGUCAAGUUCAGGCAGGUGGUGCCCGGCCUGAAGUGGGAGGUCGUGCCGACGCCGGUCAUUGAGCUGUCCACCAAGCUCCUGGACAGCGCAAAGUGGAAGGACUCUUUGAAGCUGACAUAUGACUUCAUGAACAGAAACGCACACUACAUUGAGACUCUCAAGUUCAACAAGCAGUACAAGAUUAGGGUGGCUGGCGACAGCUCGAGCUCCAACCACGCAUUCUGCAUCGGGUGGAAGCCGGACACCAAGUGGGCCAAGAGCUUCAAGCUCAUGCACACGCCGGCCGCGGGCCCGCUGCUGAGCUACAAGCUGAAGCCGGCAGCUGGGUGGAAGCUGUCCAACGAGGCGAGCCUCAACACGCGCACCCUGUACAGCAGCAUCACCUACAAGGCCCUCAAGGGGGACGCCGAGUUUGUGGUGGACGCGGCGCUGCCUUGGGACAAGCUGCCCAGCUUGGGUGGUGCCAGGCUGCUGAAGCGCGCCGGCGUCAAGGUCGACUUCAAGUGA